AUGGAGAGCGUGCGGGAGGAGAGCGCGCGGGAGGAUCAAAUGGAAAGGGUGCGGGAGGUGGCGGCGGGCGAGGGGGAGAAAGAGACGGAGUGCUCCGUCGCGGAGGGGACGUCGUCGACGUUGAUCUUCUGCGGCACGUGGAGCACGGGCGACGACCGCGACGACGGCCUGCCGGAGCGCCAGCGGGAGCCGGGGAGCGCCGCCAAGCGGAAGCGCGGCGUGUCGCCGCUGAGCGACGCGCCGCCGCCGGCGCCGCCGGCGGCGGAGCUCUCGACGACGCCGACGAAGAAGUUGUUGCGCCUGCGGCGGCUGGUGCUGAACCACGUCGACGAGAGGAGCGUCGGCGCCUUCUUCGGCGUGCUCUUCGUCUGCGUUGUCACCUUCGCGACGCUCGGCGUCAUCAACAUCAUGGACUGGCUCCAGCUCGAGCCCCUGACGGCCAUGUACGCGGAAGACGCGACGCACGAGCUCGUCUUCCCCGACUUUGUGAUCUGCCACACGUGGCCCGUCGUCUUCAACUUCCGGCCGGCGGACUGGAAGAACGUCUACGUCGCCGUCUGGGACGACGGGCGCCUGUCGGCGGAAAUCGACUACGACUUCGUCAACACGUCGUCCAUAGACCGCGGCGGCGACGGCGUCUGCCUGCGCGUGCACGCCGCCGACUACGGCAAGGUCCCGGGCCCCGCGACGCACCUCCAGGUCUACUUCUGGAACGAGUUCGCGGCAUUUUACAAAAACACGUGCCCGCUCUGGAACGACGCGCUCGACGCGUGCCCCUUCUGGCCGCCGAGCGCGUCGCAGAUGCCCGACUCCUUCGAGGUGCUCGUCGACGGCGAGGACGACGCGCACGUCUGGGUGCCGACGAACGCCAUCAACAACGUCUUCAUCACGCCCACGAAGUACGUGAACCUGCGCGGCGACGUCGACAUCGAGUUCCUCUUCUCGCCCGUGACGCAGUCCUACGUCGUCGUGCCCGACGUGACGCUCGGCGACGCGCAGCCGACGUACUUCUGGUACAACUACCCGUCGCGCCACAUGAUGGUCCACCGCAAGUACGCGCAGCGGAGCCUCUCGGAGCUCUACGCGAUCCUCUUCGCGAUCCUCUCGACGGUCGCGUCCAUCUUCUCCUUCUUCCUCUACACCGAGGGCGACAUGAACCCGGGCAAGUUCAUCAUCCGCAAGGAGUUCCUCAAGGCCCACCGGGCGCAGAGGGCGCUCCGGAACUCCAUCAGCCGCGGCCACAGCAUCGGCAGGUGCGUCGACGAGGUCUGCGCCGCCACGGGCGCGAUCCCCGGCGACGACGGGGACGACGAGGAGGCCGCGGCGUUUCGCGGAGGCCCGUCCGACGCGCGGAGCGACGACGUCGAGGCGCGGAGCGACGACGUCGACGCGGCGUCCAUCGAGGCGAGCGCCGCGUGCGACGGGAGGAACGACUGGUCGAGGACGACGCGCUGGACGUCGUCGGUCUCCACGGCGCCGAGCUUCGCCGCCGCCGGCGCCUCGUCGGCCGGCGGCGCGCCCGGCAUCGCGGGCCCGGCGACGGGGCCGUCGUCGCGCGGCGCCGGCAGCGGCUCGAACGCGUGCGGCGGCGGCGGCCCCGCGGGCAGCGGCGGCCGGACGCGCACGCGGGGCGGCGGGCCCGGCGGGAGCGGCGGCCGGAAGCCGCCGCGCGGCGGCGCCGGCGCGCCCGGCGGCGCCGGCGCGCCCGGCGCCAGCGGCGUCAGCGUCAUCGGCGGCGGCAUCAUCGGCGGCGGCGGCGGCGGCCGGCCCCCCAUGGGGUACAUGCCCGGCGGCGGCCGCGGCGGCGGCGGCGGCGGGCCGUCCAUCAGGCCGGACCAGCCGCGCGCCGGCAUGCCCCGCGGCGGCGGCGGCGGCGGCAUCAUCAUCAUCCCCCGCGCGAGCAUCGCGUGCGGCGGCGGCGGCCCCGGCGGCGGCGGCGGCCGCGGCGCGCCGAGCAUGGCGUGGGGCGGCGGCCCGCCGGGCGGCGGCCGCGGCGCGUGGAGCAUGGCGUGGGGCGGCGGCGCGCCGGGCGGCGGGCCCGGCGGCGGCCGGGGCGCCGCGGCGUGUCCCGGCGGCGCGCCCGGCGGCGGCCCGCGCGGCUGCUGCUGGCUCGGCGGCCGCGGCGGCGGCGCCCCCAUAAGCGACCGCUCGCGCCCAAUCAUGGCGUCGCCGGAGCGGAAGAAGAAGAAGAAGGGCGCCAAGGACGCGGCGACGCCCCCCGCGAGCCGCGAGGCGAGCGCCGAGCCCCGCGGGCGGAGCGAGAAGAAGGACAAGAAGGACAAGAAGAAAAAAAAGGACAAGAGCGCGUCCAAGGAGGGCCGGUCGAAGAGCAAGGACAAGAAGAAGGGCAAGAAGGACCGGUCCGCGUCCAAGGGCAAGAAGAAGGGCGUCCAGGAGGAGGAGCCGGCGAAGGAGAACAAGGUCGAGGAGGCGCCGAAGGAGCCGUUGGUCCUGCCCGACCGCUGCGGCGAGGAGGACCGGCUGCGCACGGCGCUCAUGGCCGCCUUCGACGGCGACGAGAAGGAGCUGGCCAAGGAGAUCGAGACCAUGCCCACGUUCGUGAGCCCCUGCGGCGUGACCAUCAACUGGAUCCCCGCGAACAGCGAGUGGACGACGCCCGUCCCCGUGGCGCGGCCGACGCCCGAGGAGAAGCUGCUCUUGGCGAAGAUGCCGCGGACGCGCGGCGACGGCCUGCCGCGCUUCGCGACGGGCGGCCACGACCGCAAGGGCGUCGAGCGGUGCUGGCUGCUGCUGCGGUGCCACUUCGAGCCGUUCACGUCCAUACCGGGAGCGCUCGGCGCCGCGCACCACGACCCGCCCCACCACGAGACCGACAAGGACCGCGCCGCCACCAAAAUCCACGCGCUCUUCCACCGCGCGACGCGCACGGCCGGCGGCAACCGGCGGGGCAUGGCGCACGCGCAGCGCGACCCGUCGCAGCUGCUCAAGCCGCGGCGCGUGCCGUUGCACCGCCUCUUCCGGUUCCUCGAGUACUGCGGCGAGACCUUCGAGGGCGGCUUCCCCUACGACAAGACGAAGUGGGCCGCGCUCCAGGAGCUGAUCCGCAAGGAGUUCAACGUGUCCGACUCGCAGGUCUCCGCGCUCUGCCGGCCGACGUGCCCCGAGGCGGCCAAGGCCCUCGACGCGGCCUUCUACCCGGCGAACCGCGGCGACUCGCGGGGCCAGUCCCUGGAGCACAAGCGCGCCCACGAGGGCCACCGCCGGGGGCCGCUCGCGGACUCGGCCCCGGACCCGGACGCGGGGCCCGCGUCCCCGCGCGCGGCGGCCCUCAUGGCCCACGGCGUCGCCAUGGGGCGCCUCUACCUCGUCGCGCAUCUGGACGCCCACGCCUGCAACGCGCCCGACGAGCACGGCGACCGGCCCCUGGCCAUCGCGGCCAUGGGCGAGCGGCCCAAGGCCAUCCUGGCGCUGCUGAGCCGCGGCGCGUGGCCGUCGGCGCCGUCCUGCUCGGCGACGUCCGGCGGCGCGACGGCGCUCCACUACGCGGCGGCGACGGGCAACGGCGACGUCGUGCGCCAGCUUUUGGCGGCCGGCGCGGAUCCCAACGCGACGACGACGUCGGGCGAGACGCCGCUCCACUACGUGAGCCGCCUGCCGCGGGAGCGCGGGCCCGAGGCCGUCGAGGUCGCGCGCGUCCUCAUGGACCACGGCGCGUCGCCCGACGGCUUCGCCGACGAGCGCAACGCCCACGCGGAGCCGCCGCCGCCGCCGCCCGCCGAGGAGAAGGACGACGAGGACAAGGGCAAGAAGGGCAAGAAGAAGGGCUCGUCGUCGAAAAAGGCGAGCAAGGGCUCGUCCAAGAAGGCGAAAAAAGAAGAAAAAAACGACGACGAGCCGCCGCCGCCGCCGCCGCCGGAUCCGCGCGUGCCCGACGUCGCGCACCUGGGCCACCGCGCCACCGGCGAGCCCCACGCGGCGCGCUUCACGCCCCUCCAGUGCGCCGCGGCGGCGGGCCACGGCGCCCUGCUCAACGAGCUCCUGCGGCGCGGCGCCAACGCGGGCGUCAAGGCCGCGAACCCGGGCGGCGACUACCACACGGCCGUCACGAUCGCGGGGCGCGUCGCGCGCGCGCCCGAGCCGCCGCCCCACGCCUACGACAUGCUCCAGGCCCUGCGGACGAACCUGCACCUGCCCGCGCCGACGAAGCCCAAGCCCGAGAAGAAGGGCGGCGGCAAGAAGUCGUCGGGCGGCAAGAAGGGCGGCGCGAAGAAGAAGAAGAAGCGGUAG